AUCACCCAUCAAGAAACUCCAUGUCUUAGUGGAGUGGGCAGUGAACAGGGCGGAGUCUCCGCCCUGAAAACAGAAAACAGCUCUGAAAACAGAGCUGCAGGUCGCCUGGGUCCACACGGGUCCCUGGAGAUGUCUCUGCCACCGCUGCUGCUGCUGCUGCUGCUGCCUCCAUUCCUGACCCUGGAGCCCACCAGGGCCUCGCUGAUCCGGAUCCCACUUCGAAGAGUCAACAUUGGAUUCAAGGCCCUGAACCCACUGAGGGGAUGGGAGAAGCUAGCGGAGCCCCCCAGGUUGGGGGCUCCAUCCCCUGGGAACAAGUCCCUCUUUGUGCCUCUCUCCAAUUACUUGAACGCCCAGUAUUAUGGGGAAAUUGGGUUGGGGACCCCCCCACAAAACUUCUCUGUCGUCUUUGACACUGGCUCCUCCAACCUCUGGGUUCCGUCUGUGAGAUGCCACUUCUUCAGUCUACCCUGCUGGCUCCACCACCGCUUCAACCCCAAAGCCUCCAGCUCCUUCCGGUCCAAUGGGACCAAGUUUGCCAUUCAAUAUGGAACCGGGCGCCUAGCCGGCAUCCUGAGUGAGGACAAGCUGACUAUUGGGGCAAUCACAGGUGCAACAGUGACUUUUGGGGAGGCUCUGUGGGAGCCCAGCCUGGUCUUCACUUUUGCCCACUUUGAUGGGAUACUGGGCCUCGGUUUUCCCGUUCUGGCCGUGGGAGGAGUUCGGCCCCCGCUGGACAGACUGGUGGAUCAGGGCCUACUGGAUAAGCCUGUCUUCUCCUUCUACCUCAACAGGAACCCUGAGGCAGCUGAUGGAGGAGAGCUGGUCCUAGGUGGCUCAGACCCAGCACACUACAUCCCACCCCUCACCUUUGUGCCAGUCACGAUCCCCGCUUUUUGGCAGAUCCACAUGGAGCGUGUUCAGGUGGCCACAGGUCUGACUCUCUGUGCCCGGGGCUGUGCUGCCAUUCUGGACACCGGCACGUCUCUCAUCACAGGACCCACUGAGGAGAUCCGGGCCCUGCAGAAAGCCAUUGGGGCAGUACCCCUGCUGAUGGGGGAGUACUACAUCGAGUGCUCGAAAAUCCCAACGCUCCCCCCAGUCUCCUUCCUUCUUGGGGGGGUCUGGUUUAACCUCACGGCCCAGGACUACGUCAUCCAGAUUACUCGGAGUGGCUUCAGUAUCUGUUUGUCCGGCUUCAUGGCUCUGGACGUGCCUCCGCCCUCAGGGCCCUUCUGGAUCCUCGGUGAUGUCUUCUUGGGUAGCUACGUGGCCGUCUUCGACCGUGGCGACAGGAAAAGCGGCGCCCAAGUGGGGCUCGCCCGCGCUCGACCUCGCGGAACAAGACAAUGAAGGGGCGAGCUUGCGCAGGCGCAGUCCUUAGGUUGAGGCCCUGGUUGGGCGCAUGCGCACACCCUGAUAGUAAAAGAUUUACUAUUUACAUCAAA